AUGCCCUCAUGGGGCUUGAAGCUCUUACAUCCGAGUCCCGCCGAGUCUACAUUGGACUCUUUCUACGUUGACAUAGUCGCCGUUCACGGUCUUGGGGGUCAUCAAACAGGGACUUGGACCGACCCUGGAACGGGAGUUAUCUGGCUGAGAGUUUUGCUUCCCUUCACUAUUCUGACCGCCCGCGUCUGGUCUUUCGGAUACGAAGCGAAUGCUUCAACUUUCUUCGGAGACGGAUCAGCCGACAGGAUUCAACAGCAUGCUCAUACUCUUAUUGCCGAACUCGAAGCAGUCCGAGCCCUUAGCAGCGCUGCGGAACGGCCAAUAAUCUUCGUAUGUCACGGUCUUGGAGAGAUUUUGGUGAAAAAGGCACUCGCACACUCCGCCACACAGACCUCGAAAAACGUUGACCACAGAUACUCCAUCUAUAUAUCUACAUAUGGCAUCAUCUUCAUGGGAACUCCUCAUAGUGGGAUAGAACACGCUACAUGGCAAACAAUAGCGCAAGAGGCCAGAACUACAGGUGGAGCUCCCCGCGAAAUGCUAAAAGCCCUGACAAAGAACUCGGAAACCCUGCAGAACAUAACGGAUUAA